CUGCGAGAGGCCCGUGAACGUCACCGUGGACGCGUCAGCCUGAUCAACCGUCCCUGUAGGUGAGGGUUGCUGACAAGACCGUUACAGUGUACCCGCUGUAAUCCACAGCCGGGCCCCCCACCUGCGUCCUAUAACACACCCCAUACGUCCCAGUGCCGUUCAUGGCCGACAGAUCGAUCGCCCCCGUCUGCAGGUUUGCGUCCAACAAAUAAUAGGUGACCCAUGACAGGGAGCAGUCGGCAACCCCACUGUAGUCCUUGACGAAGGCCACUGCGUCGCCUUGCACGAGGGUGGCUCCGCCAUAUGCCUCAAAUAUCUGUGUCUGCCCUUCGAGCACCUCCUUCGGAUCGACGAUGUUGGCGAGGCUGCGGACAGUGAUAGUCAGGCCCGGCACUUGCACGUAUUGGGGCGAAUCAGGGUCUCGCUGACACACGCACGGCAGAUGGUACUCAGCUUGCCCUGUGUGACGGUCGUCCCGUGUCUCCCGUCCGUCACCUUAAUGCAGAUGGCCUUCGUCGCCCCGCCAGCCGUGGUCAGUGUCACCUGGAAUGUUGCCCAUACAUCCUGGCGCUUCAAUGGGACAGCAUUUCCCACCGUGCCCACUGCUGGACACCCUCCCCCAUCGUCAAUGUACACCACCAGGGUGUCAUCAAGCCCCAGCCCCCCCAGAGUAAUGACCCUUGUCACGCCAUCCAUCACAGCAGCCGGGCUGACGGCGGUCACGCCCGCAACGGUCAGAGAGAGGAAGUCCACUGGGUAGAAGGCGCCAUCGGUCCCGCCUGUGGGUGCUGCGGGGCGGAAGCAGACUGAAUAGCGGCCGACAUUGGCGUUUGCUGCUGGAGUGAUGGAUAUCGAGUAGGGUGCACCGGUGCCAAUGUUGUGUGGGUCGCCGGGCAGAGCCCCGCCGCACACUGCGUUGCCAAAUGGCGUGAAGCGGACGGCAUCGGGGUUGGCGGAGGGCAGCCACGUCGGGUAAGCUGCAAAAUGACCAAAAUACGGCCACAGGAAACAUUGGUGUGGUUUCUUCGGGGCGUCGCUCACUUGGCAUGGUGAGUUCGAUAGUGGUGGCGUGACCAGCCAGUAUGACAUCCCGGUUCAUGGCUGUGGUCGGGUAGACCACCCGCAGCUUCAGAUCCUCCGUCGCCCAGCUGGUCGAGGCGUUGGUGCGAUAACACAAGCCGCACUCGCCAAUCUGCGUGAACUCAAUGAAAGCGACGAAGGCCGCGUCGAGUGUGGCUCGCUGGCCGGUCUCGCAGUUCGUGCUCGCAGCGACGACACCUGAUCAGCAAGCAAAGGAGGACAUGCUGAUGUUUGUGCGCUUGUUUCUUCUCUCUCCCCUCUCCCACGCCCGCACACCUCCUGCAUUUGGCCCGACGAACGACACAACGCCUCUGUCCUCCACUGUGUUGCUGAAGGUGAGGGGAACUGGGUAGGCAGAGCGUCGAAAUGGAUGGAGGACAGCCACACUCGGAGCCACGUCGACUGAAAACGUCGUCUGGCAUAAGAAGAGGAGAAGGUAGAGUCUGACCAGCAACAUCAUCUGCACAAAGGGUGGCUGCAGUGGCAUCCUCUACGCCGUUGCAGCUGCGAUCAACAUGGCAUGGAGGAAAGGCUGCAAUCCCGAUUAGCCCCUCCAUUUUUGAGAUCGUUACGCAGCCGUUGAACCGCGACCCUUCCGCAACUUUUGUCUGUCUUUCGUCACGAUUCGACUCACGAAUGUCUCAUUCGUACACGCAUCUAGCCCCUUGAUUUAAUUGCUCGCCCGACCCCCGGAACGAAACUAUUCGUAUGUAGGUCGCUAUGUCACUCCUGCUCUAUCUUUACGACGACAGGCACCUCGACAGGCAUCACCAGACCACCAUACUGCACCUCACAACCCAGAUCUGGCAUAGCCUGAUCGGGGGAUGCCUCACGAUGUGCGCUGCUAGCACCGCCAGCCAUGCCGCCUCCGCCAUGCCCAUCCUCCCCCUCCCCGCCCUGGUUGGCCAGCAUGGCAUUGAAAUCUAGCCCCGCCUCGGGGGCCUCUCUGUUGACGAUCUCAACGCACUCGCGCAACGCUUCGAGCAGCCCCUCUCUUGUGAGGGUCUGCGGCACGACCGACCCUACAUAACGGGGCUUGGCGUUCCCAAUGGCCGAUGAUCGCUGGAUUGAGUAGCGCCGGUUUUGUCUGGUCCAGUAGAUGCGCGGGACGCCGCUGCUCAUCUUUGGUGGCGAGGAGGCCGCGUAGAGCUGCUCUCUGAGGCUGUUGGCGAGCAUGUCGACUAAUGAGCGGUUGCCGUUGGAGGCUCUGGCCUCGGUCGGGCUGGGGGACCCUCGCUGGUGCUGCUGCUGCUGCUGCAGCUGCUGGUGAUCCUGAGUGGCCGCUGCAGCCCCCUCCAUUCCUUCUUGUGUGCCUCCGCUCUCGCUCUCAUCUGCCUCCUCGUCAGGGUCCCACUUGCCAAUAUUGGCACUCAUCACCCUGUCGAAGGCAUCCAUGCUUAUCCGUUUGCUCUCGGGCAUCUGGCCGUUUCUCGUCUGCACCGCUCGCCGCAGAGCAGCUAUCAGGCCCUCCGUUGUGCGUGUGGGGAGCGGGAAAGUGGGCUCCUUGGCUGACGCCUCCUGAUUGUGCUUGAGCGUGUAGCAGUCGGGCGUCCACACGAUGCCAGGGGAGCACUUGUUCCUGUCGGGCGCCUUUGACAGGGGUGUGGUGCGCUUGAGGAUCGUGUGAAGACGGCGGGCGACGGUAGAGAGAUGGCUGCCCGCCAGAUGCUGCUUCAGCUCGGGCAAGCGAACUGGGCACACAACACACACACCCAGACACAGCAGAUGGACUGGGUGCCGGUCAGCUGGUGUGACUUACUCACUCACCGUCUUUGGGGUUCCUCCGGCGCUCAGCGGCCCUGAGAGUGUCGCGGUACUGGACCGCCCGCUGCAGCGCAUCCUGCACGCCCUGUUCGUCUGCCGACUCGAUGGCAAACGUCUUGAACGGCCCAGACUUGAUUUGGACCUUGAAGGCGCCACGACCAAGAGUGAUCUGCAGGCCACCAAACUCCAUACUCUCGUCAGGAUGUCGCAUGCGGUCGGUCAACGCCUGCUCGGCCAUGCGGGUGAGGGGCGAGGAGGAGGUCUCUCGUGAGGGUGAAGGGACGCUAGGGCGGGCCGAUCGACGCGCGUCGACUGAGGCGUCCUCCCUGGCGACGCCGUGUUUUGCGCGCCGUUUCUUGGCGGGAGGUCCUUGCCUCACGAGCGGCGGUGGUGAGGGGAAUGGGGGCGGCAUGUCGGCAUCACCUCCCUCGGAGGGCUCUUCCUUCUUGAUGAAUGCCGGCACUGCAAGUCCCUCCGUGGCACUGAUGCCCUCCGCCAGGGCCUCGCCGCUGAUCUGGGGGAUGGUGGGGCCGCCCUCCAUGGCCAAGUCCCUCGCCAGCUCGUUGCGCGCAUUGAUGGCGUGCUGGCAGGCACACAGAGAGACCGAAUGAAGGCAGGCACAUAACAUGCAUCAGUGGAGCGAGCAGCCCGCGCACCUGGAGGGAUGAGUGUAUGGCUUUGAUCGACAGCGUUGGUGGUCCGAAUGUGCCGCCCGGCUGCCCCGCCAGCUGGACGCGGUAGUGCCCAGCAGGAGGGCCGGGGCGCCACGUGAUGCCGAGACGCUCAUGCACCGAGGACGGGAGGGACUUGAGGAGGGCCUGCAGCAGGGCCUCGGCCUUGAUCGUGCCGAUCUGCGCGAAGUAGGCCCUCUGUUCAUCACGGCCGCCCAUAUCGUCGUCCAGGUUAUGCUCCUCCCUCUCUCUGUAUGACGCGCGUGGCCUCCCCUUUUGACGCAGCGACUUGCUGACUCCGUGACCAAGAGGCAUGGAGGACCUGCCCCUCUCCUGCUCAUCGCCACCCGGCCCCCCCUCUCCCCCCGCCUCUCCCCCCGACUCAUCUCGCUUCACUCGCACUCGCGCCCUCACAGUGAUGUCGCUGGCGCGCCUCUUGCGGCGGUUGGUGGGGGUCUUGAGCUGUGGGGUGGCCGCCUUCGGCUGCUGGACCGAUGACGCCACAUGCGGGGCCUUGCUGCCCAGCGCAUCGUCGCCCACGGCGAGGCCGAUGGCGGUCUGCAUGCGUGUCAGGUCGAUCCGUCCAGGCAAGCGCAUCUCCUCCUGCAGAAUGUUGCGGCAGUGGAGUGUCUCAUGGAGGGCUGUGAUGAGGCCGAGUGUGGUCGAGUCGGCAGGGCUGAUGGUGUGGGCGUGGGUGGCCGUCGAGGAGCCGACCUUGAAGCGUCCCUCAGCGGUGUGCCAUUGGAUGCACUGGCCUCUCUUGGUCUUCAUGCUGAGGGGGAUGAUCGUGAGGCACCGAUCGAUGAGAUCGUUGGCCAGAUCCCCUUGCGCUAUGGGGGACAGGGUGCGAUCCAGUGGGGGCAGCGGACCUGAUGAUGAACACAACAGACAGCACACAGACGGUGUUAAGGGACAGGCCCUCUCUUUCUUUCUCUCUGCGUGUCAGUUGCCUGACUCACUAGUGUGACUAGAAAAUCGUGAAGGUGCGGGGAGGGGCCUUUGUUCUCGGAUCUUGUCUCGAUGCGCCACAGCGUUCGCGAAGGCCGCCUCCAGCGUUUCCCUCGUUAUGGGACUCUCGACGAAGAAACGCAUUUUGUCUGCUGCACCUGGCCCUUCUUGAACGAAGAAGUUGCACCGAUUCAUCUCGAAGCCCAUCUGGAAGGCUCCAUCUGCAAUGUACUCGGUCGCCUUCUUGGCCAUCAGCAGCUCGGCGGCCACCGAACGGGCGUCGCGACGCAACAACUCUGCAGAAAGCACACAGAGACAGCUUUAUAGUACACUUAGCGCUUUCUCCGUUUGCACUCACCGUUUGUCUGCAUGGGCGCCGCUCCCUGCUUCUUCGCGUCAGCCACCUUGGCCACCACGUGCUGCUCAAUCUGCCGGAUGUCCACCUGGUCGGUCAUGAAGUCAAUGGCCUUGUCAAGCGCCUCCAGUAGCCCACGCAAUGUGUCGGACUGCGGCGAGAAUGCCCGCGUGGUGAGGUCGACGGCGAGUGACGACCUGGGCCUGACGACGAAGUGUGCGGUGCUUGUGUUCCAGAAGAAGCUGCCGCCCUGCUGGCUGCUAGGUGUCUGACGGGUCUUGACGAGCGACACCAGGUGGCUGGCAUAAGUGUUGAGCCGGGACAGCACCAGCUCCUCGUCUAAUGACGCGGGAAACACCACUGAACCCCCACAAACACAGCCAGCAACACAGACACACACAUCCAGGGCCAGCCAUGGAGGGCGUCCAUGUGUGAACUUUUCAGGCUUUUUGGCAUACAUGAUUCGUCCACUUCCACGGCCGCUUUCGACGGUCGCCGCCCAGCGCCCCCGCCCCCUCCCUCGGCCAAUGCGGGCGGCACCAAACCUUCCGGCACAUGAGGGAGGAUAUCUCUGACAUGUGUGAUGUCUAUCUGGGCAUCCGUGUAUCCCGCAUCAGCAGCCAGACGAUUGCGGGCCUCCAGCGCCUCCAGGAAGGCCGUGACGCAGCCAGCGACGCUCCUCUGCCGGACGGGAAUGUUCCGCUCCUCGCCUGAGGGCAGCCUGGCCUUGAAGCCGCCGUAGGAGCCGCAUUGUGACAACCAUGACACGUGCAGGCCGACCUUGUUCUUGCCGAAGUUGAUGCCUCGUACAGCGGGGAUGGGGUCGAACGGGGGGGCAGAGAGUGCCUUGUCGACGGGAGGGAAGUCCGCGGGGUCGACGCCCUUGUCUCGCUUGGACGUGACGGCCUCACGGUGCCUGAGGGCCUCGCGGAACGCCUCAGACACCCCGCGCUCGGUGUGCUCAGCAGGGGUGAAGAGGGUGAUACCAUCCUUGCCGUUGUUGAAUGAGAACCGCCUGCAUCCGAGAGAAAGAGAGAGAGAGAGAGACAGAGGGGCAGACAGACAAGCCCCAUCCACCAGUGUCUGUGCCAGCAGCAUGGAUAUCUAUGAUAGAUGGGUGGAUGGCUCACCGCCGCUGAGGACACCAUGCGAUAUACACUCCCCCGUCGCUGAGACUCAUUGACGCUCUCUUGGCAUCGAUCAGACGCUGCGCCAACUGCGUCUCAUCGAUGGCACUCAAAGAGGCGCUCACACGGCCAUUGGCCGAUGCAGCGGCAGCAGCAGCAUCGCAGUCGUCUGUGAAUGGCGGUGUGUGGUGCCCCUCGAGGUAUGUCUGCGCCAUCCCCAUCCCGCCCAGCCGCUGGGCCAUGGUGAGACCCUCUUCCUGAUCCUCAUCAUCCAUGUCAUCUGCAGCAAAAGGAUUCGUUCACACAUACGUACACACGGAUAGAUGGCUGGCUGGCUGGUAACAGCAGCCCCCUCAGUGCACUCGCGUCACCUUGGUGCAUGGCCCUAUCUACGGCUACAUCCUGACAUACAUCCUGACAGCAACAACGGACGCACGCAGAGAGAAUUCGGAUUCCACCACACCCACACUCGUGCAUCUAUUCUGGCAUCACUCCCUCACCAUUGCAUCGAGCCUCUCGCCAUUGUUGAGUCCACGUGAGUCGCCUUGCGCCGCCUCGCUGUGGUCUGGCAGGGGAAUCGCCGCCGCAGCAGCAGCGGCAGCGGCAUGCGACCCUGAACCGUAGCCAUUCGUACCUCAAUUUGUUAAAUCAUACAAGCGUGUGGGAACAACACAACAGAAAUGAGCAGUCGCCGGGGAACAUCGCAUAUAUAUUGAAUCAAGCUUACUCUCGGGGUGCUGCAUAAUCAAGCGAUUUCUGCGAUUCAAGUCAAGACGUCAUGCGCGUCGUGCCGCUCGCCGCGGUCCGGUCAGGGCAUGGCUGCAAAUACGGGUUUGACACUCCAUCUGUGACGUUCCUGGUGCCACUGUGCCUGCUCACCUCGGGACCAUCGGAGCGCAGAACACGCAGUGCGUCGAGUUUCUUCGUACCCUUCCUCUAUUCGACGGCUGCACACUCAUCAUUAC